UGCCGGCCCGCAGCUUCCCAGGGCAGCGCAGCUCCUGACACCACCGCGCAGCGCCAGCCGGAGCCGUUCCAGCCAUGUCCUCCAGCUCCCCGCCGGGCGAGCUGAAAAGCCGGAGCCUGGGCCGGCUGUCGCUGCCCAGGAGAGGUAGCAUGAGUCCCAGUAAGAAAUCCUCGGCUCUGGAGCUGGCAGAGAGCGCUCCGAACGCCCACUACGCUCCCCUCUCCGCCGCUCAGGGUGCGCAGCCGCCCGCGGGCUCCAGCCGGGAACCGGAGCGAGCGCUGCGCCUUAAGAACGAGGUGGUGGUGGUGAACGCCGACUGCCCCCGGCCCCCCGUCAGCCUCGACCCCCGCGUCUCCAUCUACAGCCUCCGCAAGCCCCUGCUGAGCCGCAGCAACAUCCAGGGCAGGGUCUACAACUUUUUGGAGCGACCCACGGGCUGGAAGUGCUUCGUGUAUCACUUCACCGUCUUCCUUAUUGUGCUGAUUUGCCUGAUCUUCAGUGUGCUUUCCACAAUUGAACAGUAUGCAGCUCUUGCCACAGGGACAUUAUUUUGGAUGGAAAUUGUAUUAGUGGUAUUCUUUGGAACAGAGUACGUGGUUCGGUUGUGGUCAGCGGGAUGCCGCAGUAAAUAUGUUGGGAUCUGGGGAAGGCUACGUUUUGCCAGGAAGCCCAUUUCCAUCAUUGAUUUAAUUGUAGUUGUUGCUUCCAUGAUAGUUCUUUGUGUUGGCUCCAAAGGUCAAGUCUUUGCAACCUCAGCUAUCAGGGGCAUCCGUUUUCUGCAGAUUUUACGAAUGCUCCACGUUGAUCGUCAGGGUGGGACCUGGAGGUUACUGGGAUCAGUGGUGUUCAUACACAGACAAGAACUGAUAACUACACUCUACAUUGGGUUUCUGGGCCUCAUUUUUUCCUCUUAUUUUGUGUACCUGGCUGAAAAAGAUGCUGUAAAUGAUUCUGGAGAAACAGAAUUUGGCAGCUAUGCAGAUGCACUGUGGUGGGGAGUAGUGACUGUUACAACUAUUGGCUAUGGAGAUAAAGUGCCUCAGACCUGGAUAGGAAAGACCAUUGCAUCUUGCUUCUCAGUCUUUGCCAUUUCAUUUUUUGCCCUGCCUGCGGGAAUUCUUGGUUCAGGCUUUGCCCUAAAGGUGCAACAGAAGCAAAGACAGAAGCAUUUCAAUCGUCAGAUCCCAGCAGCUGCCUCUCUCAUACAGACUGCGUGGAGGUGUUAUGCAUCUGAAAACCCAGACUCAUCUACAUGGAAAAUAUAUGUUAGAAAACCUCUCAGAAAUUAUCAUUUGCUGUCACCCAGUCCAAAGCCGAAGAAAUCAGUCAUGGUUAAAAAGAAGAAGUUUAAGUUAGACAAGGACAAUGGGCCUUCAUCUCCAGAUAGGAUGCUCUCUGUUCCCCACAUCACUUAUGACCACGUGGCAGAGGACAGGAAACCUGAUUUCAGUUUUGAACCAUAUGAAAAUUCUGAUUGUCAGCGUACCUGGCCAUCCUUUUCCACAGACCAGCAGUCAUCCAGUGCUCCUUCCUCUCCAGUGAAAAAAAGCCCAGCAUUUUUAGAUGUGAACACAGGACCCUUCAUCAGGACCAACAGCUUUGCUGAUGAGCUUGACCUGGAGGGUGAGACACUCCUGACCCCAAUAACUCACAUCUCACAGCUCCGAGAACACCACCGGGCUGCAAUCAAGGUGAUCCGUAGGAUGCAGUAUUUUGUGGCAAAGAAAAAGUUUCAGCAAGCUAGAAAGCCCUAUGAUGUCCGAGAUGUCAUUGAGCAGUAUUCCCAGGGGCACCUCAACCUGAUGGUGAGAAUCAAGGAAUUACAGAGGAGGUUGGACCAAUGCAUAGGGAAACCAUCUCUUUUUCUCCCCCUCUCAGAGAAAAGCAAAGAUCGAGGGAACAACACCAUUGGUGCCAGGCUGAACAGAGUGGAGGACAAGGUUACACAGAUGGACCAGAAACUGAACCUGAUCACAGAUCUGCUGCAUCGGCUGCUUUCCCGUCAGCAGGGUGAGCAAGGGAACAACAGAUCCUCUCCCAGAGGCAAUAAUGUCAGCACAGAUCUUUUCCUCCCCAACAACACCCUGCCAACCUAUGAGCAACUGACAGUCCCCAGAAUAAAUGAAGAUGAUAUUCCUUGAGGUGGGGUGAGCCUGGCUCGGGUUCUUCCCACCUUUCUCCUUUAAAUGGGACUGAAUGUUGAGGACAGGGAAGGAACUAAAAUCAGCAGCCAGCCAAGAAAACCCCAUGACUUUUGCAUCUGUACCACUUGUCUGAAAUCCUCUCUUCUAAAGCCACUUGCAAUUGCCAGGCUGUCUUCUCCCAGGCAAAGGGUGCUGGAGCCCUGCACUGAUUUUGUUCAUCAAGGAAUGAUCACAGCUUGUUCCUUCUCAGAAAGAGCAAAAGAAUGUAAAGACAGGCAAAAUGGCAAGGAUUUAGAGCUCCUUUCAUAAUAAUAAUAGUGGUAAUAAUAAUAUUCUAAUGAUACUUGAACUUAAAUGGAGAAAGUGCAUUCUGUUUAUGAAUCUGCAGAUAGCAAUAUAUUUCUACUAUUAAGGGUUUUUAAAACAAACUAGGAUAACUUAUGUUGUUUUUAUUGUGUAAAUGUAUACUAACAUUCUAGAGAAUGACAAACCACACACUGAAUUAUUUUCUUUUACUGUUUUAUUUUAU